UAGGAAAGUACGUAGUCGUACGGAGUCCGACUUCUCUCCCUACCCGUUCCCCUUUCCUCGUCUCUCCAAAGGCGAUAGUCAUGGAGCCAUAACCCUAGUGUCGCCAGACCGCCGGCGCCGUUCGCCCCCAGAAUCUGUCCCUCGGCGUCAUCCCUCUCCUUAUACUCGUCCGUCUCGUCGUUCCCAGGCGCUAGGCCGGUUCAAAAACUUCACCACCGGCGGCUGUUCCUCAUCGGCGGCAUCUUCCAGCUGCAGCAGCGACCCGCAAAGUGAGCUCCCAAACUAGUUCUGACUUGGAACAAAAUCGUUACACUGGAGUGGAGUCUGUUGCCGGACAGAUUGCCCAACUCCGGAUUUGGACAGAGUGCGUAAUUGAGGAGCACGGAGCAUUGCAGAUUUUCCGGAGCGGAGAAAUUUGAGCUGUGCCCCGCGCCCCCGUCUCGUCUCCUUCCCUGCCUGGCCUCACAGCCUUUACGGCACAACCGCCGCCGCCACUCCCCUCGCACGGCGGUUUGCUCCGUUCAGCAGACGCUCCUGCUGCUGUCCGGCCACAGCACUGCCGCCUCAGUCGCAGGGCAGUGCUCCCCUUCAAUUGCUUGUCCUGCCGCCUCAAUAUGCCACGUGGUGAGAAGGAGGAGAGGGUGACCAUGGAGGUCACCGAUGAGGUGCUUAAGAUCAUGGAGGUCGGAUUGGCCUUUCGGGACUAUAAUGGAAGAAUUAGUUCUAUGGAUUUCCACAGCAGAGCUACAAAUUAUCUUGUGACAGCCAGUGAUGAUGAAUCAAUCCGCCUAUAUGACAUUCAAAAUGCCACAUGUUUGAAGACCAUUAAUAGCAAAAAGUAUGGGGUUGAACUGGUAUGCUUCACCACUAACCCAACACUUGUCUUGUAUUCUUCGAAAAAUGGCUGGGAUGAAUCUCUCCGUCUACUCUCGCUGAAUGAUAACCGAUUUGUAAGAUAUUUUAAGGGUCAUCUUGACAGGGUUGUUUCUAUGUCAUUAUGCUACGAGAAAGACAAUUUUAUCUCUGGUUCACUUGAUCGAACUGUUCUCCUUUGGGAUCUGAGGGCUGACAAAGCACAGGGCUUAUUACGCGUGCAAGGCAGGCCUGCAGUUUCAUUUGAUAAUCAGGGUUUAGUUUUUGCUGUUGCAUACGGUGGUUACGUAAGGAUGUUUGAUGCUCGAAAAUUUGAGAAGGGGCCUUUUGAUAUUUUCUCCGUUGGUAAUGAUGAUUCAGAAGCCCAUGUAAUAAAGUUCAGCAGUGACGGAAGGCGGCUUCUUUUAACCACCAAAGCUGGGCGUAUUCAUGUGCUAGAUUCAUUCCAUGGCAAUAAUAUCGCAACUUACAGUGUUAAGCCAGUUUUAGGUAAUUCAACAUUAGAGGCAUCAUUCAGCCCUGACGGAAACCACAUCAUAUCUGGCUCUGGGGAUGGCACUGUUUAUGCUUGGAGUGUUAGAAGCGGAAAGGUUGCACGCUGGGGAAGCACAGAUAAUGAGCCACCACUUGUUAGAUGGGCUCCAGGAUCGUUGAUGUUCUUGACUGGAUCUUCAGAACUAUCCUGCUGGGUCCCAGAUCUAUCCAAGCUGGGAUCGUUUGCCGUCACUAAGUAAAUUCAUAUGAUACAGGAUUGAUAUCCUUGAGCAGGUACAUUUCUUGGGCCGGCUUUAAUUGCAAGGUCAUCUAGAAGCUGAUGACUCUGCUAGCUGUUGCUCAAUUAAUUGGGGAUCCUGCAGCUGCGUGGAUUUCGCCGGCCGAUCCCUGGCAAUGGCCUAAUGCUCCCCAUCGUCAUCGUGGACCUGCCUAAUUCCAUGAAGAACUGAUUGUCGUCGUCAAUGUACAGCAAAUUCCUCAGCGCCAAAGAGGCCCUGGUUGAAGAAUAGGAAGCCCUUCUUGAUCAGGUACAGUAAUGCUUGUCGAACAGCAGAGUCGAUGUCCAGCAUGGUCGUCUAGUUGCGGUCCUACUUGCGCAGGCUGAGGAUGUGGUGGACAUGAGGAGAUUGCUGAACAAUACGCACCGGGCCACAUGAUUGUUUAUGUUUUUGACAAAACAAUAAUUUAAUUUUCAUGGUAUCCAUCAGAUUAUGAGAACUGUAUAAUGAUUGUUCAAAUAUAUUAUUGGCUGUUUCCAUAGCUAGCUAUGAAAUUUAGGAAGUGGGAGUUUCUUCUGCUAUGUAUUAAGCAUGCAUCGUCUGACACACGGGCAGUUUCAGGAAUUGAAGUAGCAAAGAAUUUAAAGAACUGUUUUGCUA